AGGAACAAACACAGACGAGAACAGAACAAAAAGAGUCGCAAAUAAGAAGAACCUUGAAGAGUUGCAGCAUAAUUAUUAUCCAUUUGCCACGUUUUGUAUUGGUGUGGCCCAGCAGCUGCAGGGAUGUGGAUAGAAACCAAAACAGAGAUGGAGGAGGCCAGCAGGACGCGUGCCAGCUUCAGUCGGCGUGUGUUGAAUGGCCUGCUAUUGUGCAGUGGAGACAUGGAGCACUUGGAUAAGUACAUGAAGGACAAGUCAUUUGUGCUACAGCUGGCAGUCUGUGGCCUGAGAGGGGUGACCAGGGUAAUUCUGGCCAACAACCCGCUGAGUGGUGGUCUCAUCCUGGCUGCCCUGUACUGGGCUUCCCCCUGGCAGGGCCUGCUGGGAACUCUGGGAGUGUUGGCCUCCACGCUAACAGCUGUCAUCACAGGACAAGACAGUGUUGAGGUGGCGGGAGGUCAUCAUGGUUUUAAUGGCAUGUUGGUGUCUCUGCUUAUGGGAGUGUAUAGCUCAGCUGGAGACUGGUACUGGUGGCUCCUGCUGCCUGUCUUCCUGGGGUCGGCAACAUGUGUCUUUCUGUUUAGUGGACUCUCAUCGUUUUUAGACCGCUGGGACUUGCCUGCUGCCGUGUUUCCCUUCAACAUUAUUAUCAUCCUCUACCUCCUGUGUACUGGCCCAGAACACCCCUAUUUUCCACACCACUCAAUAAAACCACCAGGGGCCCUGGAGCCCAAUGCUACAGAGCUCAUAGCAUUACAGGUAAUACGUGGCAUCCCUCUUGGAGUGGGUCAGAUCUUUGCCUGUGGGGACCUGGGACCGUCCCUUCUCAUCUUGGGAGCAGUUUUCCUCUACUCCCCCUUGCUCACUGUCCAUGCUCUGCUGGGAUCCGCAGUAGGAACGCUGACCGGUUUGUCCAUGGCAGUGCGUCAUGAAUCUCUGUACUCAGGUCUGUCAGGGUUUAAUGGAGCUCUGGGCUGCAUGGCUGUUGGAGGAUUCUUCAUCUUCAGCUUGUGGACGCACCUCUUUGCUAUCGCCAGUGCCUUCUUCUCUGCAUAUGCUAACAUUGCUUUGAGCAAUUUGAUGGGAACUGUUGGUCUGCCAGCAUGCAGCUGGGCAGCUACUCUGGUGGCCACACUGAUGUUGCUGUUGACCGGCAGUUUAGCAGCGUACCGCAUCCCGACUGGUCAAGUGAGAGCUCCUGAACGCAACCUGCAGUUGCGAAGCCAAUGGGAAGCUGGAAACACCGAAGAAAGGGAGAGCGCAGAUGUGUAGCGUGAAGAUAGACAUGCACCUGUGUACGCAGCACUGUAUCUGGACUGUCAUGUUGUUAGCUGGAUGGAGUAGACCAUAAAAGUUUUAGGUAAACAUUCUCAUGUCAGCAUAGGCUUGUUAAAGAUGGUGAACACUUUACUGAACACUUUAAGGAGGAGUUCAUUCUAUAUUUUGCCCACAGUGUGGCAAUUAAGGCACAGUAGUGAAUUGAUCAGUUGUCUUUACAUAAAUGUAUGUAUUCAAA